UCCUAGCCUACUGGUUGUUCUGGUCAGUCCUGUAUGGCCGCUUCUUUUUUUUCCUUUUAGGCGUUGCAUUGCGUGCUAAAGUAGGCUACUCUUCGACGAUAGUAGGCUACGGCACUGGAGUCCGACUCUGAUUCCUCCGUUAACAAGACCAUUAAGCAAAGGUUAUCCAGCCAUCUCAGAGCCAGCCAUGUCCGGUGGUCCACCCCCCAUGCCAGCGCCUGUGUGCCUGAUUGAGAACACAGACCAGGGCCUGCAGACGGUGGAGUCGGCCCUCAACCUCCUGCGGAGCAUUCAGCAGCCCGUGGUGGUGGUGGCCGUGGUGGGGCUCUACCGCACCGGCAAGUCCUACCUCAUGAACCGGCUGGCCCAGCAGCAGUCAGGCUUCGCCCUGGGCAGCACCAUUGAGUCGAAGACCAAAGGCAUCUGGAUGUGGUGUGUGCCUCAUCCCAUGAAAAAAGGACACACACUGGUGCUGCUAGACACUGAAGGACUUGGUGAUGUCGACAAGGGAGAUGAGAAGAACGAUGCCUGGAUCUUCUGCCUGGCUGUGUUGCUCAGUAGCACCCUGGUCUACAACAGCAGAGGCACCAUCGACAACCAGGCCAUAGAGAAACUCCAUUACGUGACGGAGCUGACCGAUCAGAUCCAGGUAAAGUCCGCAGGGGCCAGUGAACAGGACGACGACGAGAUGCCGGAGGAGUGUGAGUUUGUCCGCUUCUUCCCCAGCUUUGUGUGGGCUGUUCGAGACUUCACUCUGGAGAGGAAGAUCAAUGGUCGCGAUGUGAGUGAGGAUGAGUACCUGGACUUUGCCCUGCAGCUUAAGAAAGGUUUGUCUCCCAAGGUGGUGACCUACAACCUCCCGAGGCAGUGCAUCAGGAACUUCUUCCCGACCCGGAAGUGCUUCACCUUCCCGUUCCCGACGGAGGCGAAGAAUAUGACGCGCCUGGACUCCAUGGCUGAGGCUGACCUGGACCCGGACUUCCUGAAAGUUGCGGACCGUUUCUGCAACUAUGUCUUUGCAGAGUGUCGUGUGAAGACUGUGAAGGGAGGUCACACGGUCACCUGUAGCCGGUUCAGCCAUCUUGUGAAGAUCUACGUGGACACCAUCAACAGUGGCAAGGUUCCCUGUCUGGAGAAUGCAGUGGUUGCCAUGGCAGAGAUCGAGAACCAGUCGGCUGUGAAUGAGGGCUUCCGGCUCUAUGAGCAGGGCAUGGAGAACCUGAAGAAGAACUUCCCAGUUGAUCUCGGACCUCUCUCGGCGGAACACCAACGCCUCUCUACCAUGGCAACGCAGGAGUUCCUUAAACGUUCCUUCAAGGACACAGAGGGGAAGUACAUGGCACAGCUGCAGGAGAAAGUGGCAAAGCUCUAUGAUCAGCUAAUCAAUGACAACAUGGACACCUCCGAGAAGCUGUGCCGGAAGCUUCUCUCUGAUCUGUACGCGUCGAUGGCUGCCAACAUUCAGCAGGGCAUCUAUUCCAAGCCAGGCGGGUACGAGAUCUACUGCCGCGACCGAGACGCCAUGGUGGCCAAGUACCGGCAGCAUGACAAGAAGGGCCCGAAGGGGGAGGAGAUGUUGGAGGCGUUUCUCCAGGAGAAGAACGCAGAGGCCAACGCCAUCCUGAUGGGCGACGAGAAACUCACCGAGGCUGACAAACAAAUGGCUGAGGCCCGUGAGCAAGCAGCAGUUCAGGAGCAGCAGGCCAAGGUGGCGGCGCAGCGUCAAAAGGACCUGCAGCGCGCCCUGGAGGACGAGAAACGCAACCAGGAAGAGCGCUUGAGACGCAUGGAGGAGAAGAUGGAGGAGGAGAAACGCCUCCAGCGUGAGGAGCUGGACCGCGCCCUGGAGAGCAAGCUGAAGGAGCAGCAGGAGAUGAUGGAGAAGGGCUUCAAGGACAAGGCCGAGAUCAUGAGUCAGGAGAUCGAACAGCUUAAGAAGGAAAAGGAGAAGCAGAAGGAAGCUGAGCCGGGGUUCUUCCAGAAGGUCUUCAUGCCUGUGGCCAAGCUCGGCGCAGAUGUCCUCUCCUCCAUCCUGCAGUUCAAAGCAAUGGGCAAAAUGUUUGGCAAAGAAAAGAAGCAGAAAGCCUCCGCUGCCCUGCCAUGACAAAGCAUGAGGGUGAGAACAGAGCGGUGGAGGCUCAUUAGCCAAUAUGUGGAGCCAAAUAGUCACCUCACCAGGGCCUGAAUCUGGAGUAAGCGACUCUUGCUACGUCGACCAUAUUUUCAAAUCUAUUUCAAAUCACUGAGUUAAAGGCCGUUCACACCAGAAGUGAUAACUAUAAAGAUAACUAUAACUACAGUAUAACAAUAAGUAAAUAAAUGUGAGGAAAUAAAUAAUGCAAUUGACUGAUCUGAUCAAUCUAUUUUAAUCUAUUUUAAUUUUGAUUACGUUUACAGCGUUUCCAACUGUCAGGGUUCCCACAGAUCAUGGAAUAUCAUUGAAUUGUAGAAAGUCUAUUCCAGACAUGGAAAGUCAGGGAAUUGUAUCAUUUUUGAGGCAAAGUCAUGGACUAUUAUGGAAUAGGGGACUACUAGGGAAUUUUGUUGUAGCAGUUUAAAAUGUAUUUGCCAUUACAAAUUACCGAUUACCGGUACACUUGGUGGUUAUUUGGUUAUUAGCUUUACUGCUUGCGUGAGUAACCCAAAUGUGUUUAUUCAAUGGCUGUUUAUUCAUCUCCAGCUCUAAAUCAUCGGUUAGUAUAUUGUACUAUUCUAUAGUCAGUCAUGGAAAUUCAGGUUUUUUGUCAGGGAAAGUUGGGGAAAAGUCAUGGAAUUUUACAUUUGACUUAGAACCGUAUCCAUCCCCAGAUCUCUGUCAUGGAAGUAAAGCCGGGCAGACUAAUUUCUGAUUUGUUUUGAUUUGGUAUGAGCAGACAUUUGUCAAUCUUCCAAAUCAUCUAAAUUUCCACAUCUUGUCUGUAUAGUAUACUUGAAGUCACAUGGUAUCAAUAAACAUGUUAAACCUAAA